UAUUUUUUAACUCCAAAAUUUGGAAGUAAAAAGUGAAGUGGAGUUGAAAAUAUUGCAAGUGAAGCACGAGCUGUGCCUCUUAAGUUUCUCCAUCACAAAAAGCCGUAACCAAGCUCAUAACCACUUUCGAUAUUUCUUUCAUAUGGUGCGCAACUGCAUCACAGAUCCUAUUCCUCUUGUUACCGCAUCUUUCAUAGAACAAUACCAAAAGUAAAGGAUACAUACAUACAUACUCACGCGCGUGCAAAUGCAAAAGAUUUGAAACUUCAAAUUGAGAGAGAGAAAACGUGUGAAUGAACAAAUGGUACAAAGUCUACAUCCCAUUCCCAUCUUUGAUUCAACUCAAGUUUCGUUGACUUUUAUCUCCAAAUCUGAGAGAGAUUCAUCUUCUUCCAGUUUCCGAUCAAAUUGCAAUGGAGUCGAUCAACACCUUGAAAGGCUACGACAAAGUAUCCGACCAAGAAAACCAGAUUCCAUCUCCACUUCCCAAACCAUCAUCCCGCAAAACCCUCAUCGCCACCGUCUCCACCGUAUCCAUCCUCUUGAUCCUCGCCGUCGUCGCCUUAACCGCCGGAGCCUUCACUCGUCCUUCCCACAACCCUCCCGUCUCCUCCAACUCUCUCAAAUCAGUAUGCGCCGUGACUCGUUACCCACAGACCUGCUUCCAUGCUUUAUCUUCUUCCCUCAACGAAUCGGACCCUGCAUCAAUCCUCGAGCUUUCCCUUCGGAUCACUUCUGAAAAGGUAUCGACCUUAUCCAUGUCUUUCCGUUCAAUAGACGAUAUGCCCGAGGAACCGGCCGUUAAGGACUGCGCGAAGCUGUACGCGGACGCGGCGAGUCAACUAAACGAGACGCUAUUGGAGAUCGAGACGAAGAAGAAGAAGGGAGGGAAUUGGAUGACGGAGAAGGUCGUCGGAGAUGUUAAGACUUGGAUCAGCGCCGCCAUGACUGACGGAGAGACUUGCUCCGAUGGGCUUGAGGAAAUGGGAACUGUUGUGGGAAACGACAUCAAGAAUGAGAUGGUGACGGCGAGUCAGAUGAUGAGUGUUUGUUUGGCCAUUGUCAGCCAAAUCAAGAAGCUUCUCUUGAUUUUACACUAAACCAAACACCUAAGCUUCCAACUUUUUUUAUUUCUUUCUUUCAAUAUCGAAUUCACAAGUGUGUGUGUGGCUUGUUCUCUUCUGUAAUUAAUUACUACAUUGGUUUGUUGUUUGUAUAUCUAAUUCGAUAAGAGCUAUAUCUAAAGUUGUCUAUAUUACAUGAUUCAA